UAUAUACUCUCUACUAACAAACCUUGUCUCUUAUGCUCAGUUGUCUAUUUGACCAACUACCACAGCACCAUCUUCUUCCUACAAGCAACUUCUCGGCGUCCUUUAUUCUCCUUUUUUUUUUGGUUCAGUCUCAAGAAAAAGAAAAAAUGUGCUUCCCUUUUUGAAACACCACCUUUCUCUUUCGCUGGUUUUCAGUUUUCACCUUUUGUUUAUCUAAACAAUGCAAGCCUGCUGUGAUCUUGUAGUGAAUGUCAACGGUGAAGAGGUCUUUGUAGUAGACAAGAAAAUUAUAGCGUCUUUCUCUAAAAGAUUCGCCAAAUUGUUAGGUGAUUUGAUGGAUAAUACAGGGGACCUGAAAAUAGUAUUUGACGACUUUCCUGGGGGAGCCGAGGGGUUUGAGCUCAUAGCAAGGUUUUGUUAUAACAACGGGAGAACUGAGAUAACUCCUGCCAAUAUAGCCUUACUAAAUUGUGCAGCACAAUUCAUGGAGAUGGAUAGUGAUGGCCCCAGGCCUAGCUUGUUGAACCAAACCAAAAAGUCUCUAGAUGGCAUUAGCUUCUGGUCCUGGUCUGAGCUCCUUGUAGUUUUGAAAGAGUGCCAAGAUUUGCUUUCUCCUUCGAAACCUUCUCUAAUACUUGAUAAAGUCCUGAAUUGUGUUAUAGAAAGGCUUGUCUCUCCUAUUGUUGCAAGUCCGUACACAUCUUCCUCAGAGAACUCAAGUUUCCGGUGUUCAUCUGAUACAAGGAGCAGCUAUAGUAUAAGAAACAAUCCCUCUCAUGUAUCUUGGUGGUUUGAGGAUCUUCUGUUUUUGAAUAUUGAUUUGAUUGAUAAGGUAAUGAAAAUGAUGGUAUCCCAACGUUUUGACCAUGCUACAAUAAUGAAGUUCCUCUUUUGUUAUCAAAGAUCGAGAUUUCUUAUUGCCACCCCAAGCGAGAAGUGCAGAAUCAUGGAAGUCAUAAUUAAUUUGCUUUCUUUGCUUGAUAGGAGCUCCCUUUCUUGGAAGCUCUUAUUCGAUAUAUACCGAGUGGCUUCGGCUUUGAAAGUUAGAAGACAUUGCAAAUCAAUUUUGGAAAAUCUUAUUGGUUUACAACUCGAUGAAGCAACCAUAGAUUUUCUGCUUGUCCCAUCACCACAAAAGAAACAUUACAUGUAUGAUGUGAAUCUGCUUCUGAGGCUUGUAAAUGCAUUUCACAAUGAACAAAGUCCUUGCUUAUCCCCGGUUCGAUUACGAAAAGUUUCUAGCUUACUCGACUCAUACCUUGUGGAAGUUUCAGCAGAUUCCUACCUGAACCCUUCAAAGUUUGCGGCAUUAGUCCUUCUGCUGCCAGAUUCUGCAAGAGAAUCCCAUGAUAGGCUUUUUCAAGCCAUAGACAAUUAUCUACAGAUUCGUGGUGGAAUAAGUGAAGCACAGAAAAUGAGAAUCUGUAGUGCACUUAACUAUGCGAAGCUCUCGACCGAUGCAUUGAGAGACUUGGCCCGGAACUCAAGAUUUCCAUCAAGAAUAGCCAUACAAGGUUUCCUUAAUAGGCAAUCCAAGCUUGAAAACUUAAUUGAACGCCAAAAACAUACCAACGCCUUUAGUGGUUCCAUCUCUAACGAGGAAAGUAUCAAAGAGAAAGAGAAUUCCGAUGGAAUCCUUGUGUAUGCAAAACGAUUCGGUGUUUCGGAGAAAGCUGAGCAACUUGAUGUACAGCUGCAAGAAACGCAAUGCAAGGUAACAGAACAGGAGAAGUUCUGUGGCAUAAUGCAUGCUCAAAUAGGAAAUAUUCCAAGAACAAGAUUAUCCAGCCUUGGUAAUAAUGCUAGAUUCUUACCAAAACUCUGUUCUUGAAAACAUACCCUUGCCUCCAGUCUUUUAUAGUUUGCCCCUAAAUUGUUUUUGAAAAUAUUUGUAC